UAGUCCAAACAAAGAUGGCGGCGUAAAUAUAGAUGUUUGGCGGACGUUAGUAUCGGCUGCACAUAUAACCUCUACGAUGGAGUAAUAGUUUUGAUUUGAAUUUCAACACCACUGGCCAGAAAAAUAGUCUUUCAGUAUGGGUAAGAAAGGGAAGAAGGGGAAGAAAGGAAAAAAGGGGAAGAAAGGAGGGAAGAAGAGCAAGGAACCUCAGAUGACAGCAAAGGAAGCUAUCCUGGGAUAUCAGAUCAAUAUUGUGGAGAAGAAAUUAGAGGAUGUUUCUUUUGAGAUCCGUGGCUGGGAGGAGAAGAACAAACGCCACCUUGAGAGGAAUGAAAAACUAAAGUCUGAACAGCUGCUGCUAGUGGAGCAUCUUCUCAAGCAGGCCAAGGAUGCAGAGCGGUUCUUUGAGUCAGAGGAAAUCAAAAACAGGGAAGAUGUCAUCCUGGCCAUGAAGAACAUGUGGCUUCUUCGACGGCAACGAGAGAAGGAACUAGAAGAAAAGAAGAGUGCAAUAGCCAUGGAGCAGACUAAAAUAGAGGAAGUGUCAAAGGAGGUCCAGUGCUGGUCUUGGUACCGGGACAAGGGCAAGGCGGAGCAUGAGAAGCAGAUCCGCAUCCUAGAGCAGGAGCUGCAAGACAUGCAGAACAGCUUUGAUGAGAUGGCAGGUCACCUGAACAAGUCACUGGAGAAGUCCCGAGCUGAGGUAGAUAAGUACACAGAGGAGACUCUGGCCAAACAGAAGGAUCUGGCCUCAGAGAAAGCCAUUGCCCACAUGGACAAGUACAGCCGGCAGGAAGUGCUGGACAAUGACUGGCUCAAAAGGGAGGUGAUGAUCCAUCAGCGUGAGUCAGAGGAGCUGCACAGUGUGGUGGAGGAGCUCGAGAAAUACAACCUCAACGUGAUGAGUCAGCUGUUUGAGUGUACUGUAGAUGAUCUCAAAAUAUCCAGAAACUUCUUCCUGACCCAGUUCGCUGACAGCGAGAACCUGGAUGAAACUGGAAUCCUGGAAAUGGAUCUUGCCAGUCUCAACUUCCCAGAGGAUGAGGACAAGGUAGAGAAGAACAUCAGUCUAAGUGAAAAAGCAAGACCCAUGAGUGCCACCCAGAGAGCUGUCGAGCAGAAGGUGUUCAGCCUGGCCACAUCCGCUUUGGAUGAGGUGGAUACAGACAUUGAGGAGGAUGAGGAGGAUUCAGCUGAUGGUGCUUCUACACAUACAAGCCAAGGCAGUGAGCAGUUUGAAAACCUCUUCUAUGAAGAGGAAGAUUUUACUGACUAUCUACAGCUCGGCCCACUGGAACUGAAGCUGCUAAACAUCACUGGCACCCAGAUGCCCAUCCACAAGCCAUACCAGCCCACAGACGAGGAGCUGCAGGCACUUAAGUGUAAUCCUGAGGAGUGGCCUGUCACACAGCCCAUGCUCAAAGGUGCCAUCACUCACACAGCAUAGCCCUGGGGGUGGGGCAGGCUGGGUGGGGCAGGGAGAGGACCAUGGGUGGGUUGUUGAAUGACGUCCUAGGGUAAAAGACAGGGUAUUGCAUCUGUCGUAAUGAGAUCAACUUGACAAAUAUUUUAUCUCAAGUCACAUAUCUUCUUACAAUGGUCUUACAGAAAGUACUUUCUGAAGAAAAAAAUAUAAUAUCUCAGCCCACGACCCAACUAUUAUUCAGCUACGAAAAACUUAAUACUCACCUUAAAGCUACAAUUGAAUUAAGUGAUGAAUUU